GCUUUUUUGACUUUGUCCCCAAAAUCAAACUCAAUAGACUCCUCCUCAAUCAUUUUGAAUCGCUGUAGCAAUCUGUGGUAUUCUCAACGCCGAGCCCUAAACGAAGAUAGAUACUCUCCGAGGAAGAAGAAAUAACCCCACUCUCCCACUGCCACCUCUCUCUCUCUCUCGCGCUCUCGCUCUCGCUCGUAGGACUCUGUAAAAGCUCAUUUGACCCAUUUCCUAUCUGGGUUUUGGUUGUUUGCGCAAGUUCUGUACCCAUCUCUUCUGGGAUUUCCUUUUUUGGCUCAAGCAGCUGGCUGGCAAAAAACUGCUGGGGAAUUUUUUGCACAUCAUUAGCAAUUCGGAUACCUUGUCGCUCAUUCUCUAAGAUUGUUGGACGACUGCAUCAGUAUUUGGAUGGCGACCAAUGAAAAUCUUCCACCAAAUGUGAUAAAGCAACUUGCUAAGGAGUUGAAGAAUCUGGAUGAAACUCCUCCAGAGGGCAUUAAAGUUGGUGUUAAUGAAGAUGAUUUUUCCAUUAUAUUCGCUGAUAUUGAAGGCCCAGCUGGAACUCCCUACGAGAAUGGUGUUUUCCGCAUGAAGUUGAUUUUGUCUCAUGACUUCCCUCAUUCCCCUCCCAAAGGAUACUUUCUGACUAAGAUUUUCCAUCCAAACAUCGCAACAAAUGGCGAGAUUUGUGUCAACACAUUGAAAAAAGAUUGGAAUCCUAGUCUCGGCUUACGACAUGUUUUGAUUGUAGUGAGGUGUCUAUUGAUAGAACCAUUUCCAGAAUCAGCUUUGAAUGAGCAGGCUGGGAAGAUGCUGCUUGAAAAUUAUGAAGAGUAUGCCAGGCAUGCAAGGAUCUACACUGGGAUUCAUGCUCUUAAGCCCAAACCAAAGUCUAAAACGGGAGCUAUUUCAGAGUCGACUACUGCCUUGAAUGUUGACCAAUCAAAUAACUUGGUUCUUAGUGCUGACGAGAAGAAUGCAGUGUCUGGUCCGCCUACAUUGCCGUUGCCGUCGUCUAUGGUUGCUUCUGCAACAUUAACGAAAGGAGGGAGCGGGCAGGACCAGCAAACCUCAACAACUGAGACAGGAGUUAGCGGCUCCGCACCCACACCAUCAACACAGAAGAAAGAAGGUGGUGGUGGUGGUUCGGUCAAAGUUCAGGCGGACAAAAAGAAAAUGGACGCGAGAAAGAAAAGUUUGAAGAGAUUAUGAAGCUCUGGUUUGUGGGUUCUUGUGGUUUGAUCUUCACCAUAAAUUGUUGUGUAUUGUCAUGAAUGAAGCAAUGGAUUUGAUUAGCUGGACAUGGUUUCUGUCAAAACAAUCAUUUCCAUCUAAGAACUUUCAGUUUAAACAA